CUUUGAUAUUUUUUCUCUGUUUCAGUGAAUUUAGCAUUUAUUUUCAGUCAGUGUAUUUUAUUCAAUAUUUGGGUAAUUGAAAUUUUUAACAUCCAUGGUCUCUUUCAUAAUAUUCAGAGAGCCCUUACCAAUGGUGCCGAGGGUCAUAACUAUUCUGGUUUUCAUAAUCAUCUUGAUGGGAAUAUCUUCAAUUUCAAAUAAAAUCCAUCCAGAACGAUUAAAAAAAUCAAGAAACUCAAUUCACCAUCAAUAUGAUCGUUUUAAAAAGAGCAAGCCCGAUCUUUUCCCUGUUAUAUUAGUACCUGGUGAUGGUGGAAGUCAAAUCGAAGCGAAAUUGAACAAGCCCAAUGUUGUCCAUCAUUUUUGUGCAUCUCGAACUAAAAAUUACUACACUCUAUGGAUGAGUUUUUCUGAAAUUUUACCUUAUGCUAUUGAUUGUUUCACUGACAAUAUGAGAUUGGUUUACGACAAUGUAACCAGAACCACAGCCAAUGCACCAGGAGUGGAAACAAGAAUUCCUGGUUUUGGAGAGACUCGAUCAAUUGAAUUUAUUGAUAACCAUGAAAUGCCCAUCACUGGAUAUUUCAAUGUUAUGGUUAAUUAUUUGGUUAAUUUGGGCUAUAAAAGAGUUAUCAACUUGCGAGGAGCUCCUUAUGACUUCAGGAAAUCUCCAAGGGAAUUGACUGAUUAUCUGGUAAACCUAAAGGCAUUGAUCGAAGAAACAACUCGAGCAAACAAUGAUUUACCGUGUAUCAUCAUUUGUCACUCAAUGGGCUGUCCUUUGACACUCUAUUUCCUUCUCAGACAAACGGAUCAAUGGAAGUCAACUUAUGUACGGAAAUUAAUAACAAUAGCAAGUCCUUGGGGAGGAGCUGUUAAAGCAAUGAAAGCAUUUGCCACCGGCGAGAAUCUCGGUGUUUUAGUGGUUCCUGAGUUGACUGUACGACGAGAUGAACGAACCUUCCCUAGCAUGGCAUUUCUUUUACCACAAAAAAAUUUUUGGCCAACCUCUGAGACUAUCAUUAAAGUUGGCUCAAAUAACUUUUCAACUGCAAAUUAUGAAGAAUUUUUUGAAACCAUUGAUUUUCCUGUUGGAUACCAAAUGUGGUUAGAUGUUGAACAUUUAAUAGAUGAUCUACCGCCGCCUGGAGUACCAGUGGACUGUUUUUAUAGCACUGGUAUUAAAACAAUGGAAUACUUGGAAUAUGAUCCAGAUCUGUUCCCUAAUCAUUCACCGAAAGUAGUGACUUAUGGAGAUGGCGAUGGAACUGUAAACAUUCGUUCCUUAGAAGCAUGCAAUCGUUGGAAGCAACAGCAAACUCAAUCAUUCAACUCAUUCAAUAUUUAUGGAGUCGAUCAUUUAUCUAUCUUAGCUGAUCCAACUGUCCUCGCGUUCCUGCGAAAGAUUAUCACAGAUCGAAAAUGAAUAUUCACUCCUUAAAUUAUUGUCUAGUUGAAAGAUCAUUACAGUCAAUUCAAAAUGAAACAUUUUUGCAUUACAAUUGUAAACUAAAACUGGACCUCGACUCAAUAAACCUGUGGACUGCUUUAAAUUUUAAGCCAUUGAUCUUGCAAUAUAAAAGCUGCCUUUUUAAUCGUGUUAUUGAAAUGGCUAAAUAUUGACUGGUUUGUACCUUUUUCAUUCCGUUGGUUUCAACGUGAACUACUCUGAGCGUGAAAGAUCUGUGAUAGUUUUGAUCUUAAAAUGAAUGUGACUUGAUUGUUGGCUAGAGAGAAAUGUGCCGAUUUAUUGAUACAAUCUUUUGAAAGUGAGGAGAAAAAGAGAGAAAGGAGAGAA